AUGAGCGGUAAAAUUGAGAAGAUCAUCGUACGCCUGCAGGGAAAAAUCACAGAAGGGGCCUACUACGAAGCCCAGCAGCAAACACGAGUUGUUGCCGCCCGUUACGUCAAGUCCGAGAGCUGGCCUGCCGCAAUCGAUAUUCUAUUCAAUGUCUCUCAAUCUCUGCUCAAGGCCGGACAGGGAGGGAGCGGUGGAGAUCUGGGCUUGUUCCUGAUCGAUGUAUACAAGCAGGCGGGGCUGAACCCGGAUUCGAGCAGUAAGGGCAAGCUUCUGACGUUGCUGAGGCUGUUCGAUAGCGAGGAGCCUACUCGGAAGAAAUUCAUCGCAGAGAUGAUCGGCUGGUCAGCAAAGUGCGGCGAGUACCCGGCAGGCGAGCCGGAACUUCACCACGUCGCAGGAUCUCUCUACGCAGAGGAGCACGAAGCCUACGAAGCCGAACGUCAUCUCACACUCGGUACGAAGGACUCCCCAGAGGUCUUUGCGAAGCUGGAAUAUGAGUGGUACACCCAGGACGACUCCCACACGGCGGCGCUGUAUGCGGCCCGAGUAGUGUUCCCGUACCUGCUUACGGGCAAUGUGCGCGACGCUACAAAGUCUCUACGGCUGUUCACGAGCAGGUUGGUGGAGGCAAAUAAGGGGUUAGCGGUGCAGGAUGUGAGCAGCAGCGCCUCGGACAUGCGGAUUUAUCCCAGCUUGCCGCUCCUCAACUUCUUGGGUUUGCUGCUGCUGGCCGUGCAGAAGGGUAGUGCCGGCUUGUUCACACAGCUGAAAUCCAAAUAUGCGGUUCAUAUCAGGGAGGCUGGGAUUUGGGAUGAAGCGUUAACUUCGGUGGCGGAGAUGUACUUUGGCAUUGCGAGGCCGAGACAGGGCAAUCCGCUCAUGGAUAUGAUGGGAAGCAUGUUUGGGGGUGGGGGAGCUGGACCUGCAAAGCCGCAGCCAAAGCGGGUGGGAGCUUCUGUGCCUGCUGCUGAGGGUUUGGACUGA